AUGGACUGGGCGCCCGGCAUGCGGUGCAUGCUGCACAUGCCUGAGGUGAGGCAGCAUAUCUUGGGCUGCUUGCGGCGGGAUCUGCAAAGCUUGGCCUCCGCCGCCAGCAGCUGCCGCGCGUUGAAAGACGAUUGCCAGCCACUGCUCUUCCGACGCCUGACGUGCGGUGCCUGUGGGUGCCACGUGAUCCACCCCAAGGAGACGCAGCGAGGGCAGCGGCUAGAGGACGGGCCCGCGCUCGUCGCGCAAGAUGCCGAAACGACCCUGCUGGACCUGCGACUAGAGCCGGAGACGGGUUUGCUGGGGUGCCGCCGCUUGAUGUGCAAGUGCGACCGGUUUUUGGGCCGGGUCCUUGGCCCUUCUAUCUCGGUGAUCAAGCUUUGCGCCUCUUACCUCGUGGAGAUUGACAACGAUGGGCCAGUCUCGCAGAGGUGUGUCAUGCACUGCAGCGGCCGCGCAAAGAAACCUGGAUGUGGUCAACCGCUCUUCUUCCGGGACUCUGUGAUCUCCAAGGAUCACUGUUGGAGAAUCCCCAGCUGUGGGGCCGAACGGGCCUGGUACAUCAACGACUUCAUCACUGGGUCUGUGAGCGUUGGAGUGGGCACGCCUAGUCGGUUGGCACAAGGUCCUAUGGUCACUGCAGAUGUGUCCUGCUCUGCUUGCAAUAGCAUUAUCGGCUGGAAAUUUGUGAGCGACAUGCAGAAGGAUCAGCCAAACAUCCAUUUCGUGAAUCGCUACGGAAUCUGCUGCUCCUCCUUCCGCGAGCGGCCCGAGAAGUGCAGGUCUCGGUCAACGGCUAGCUGCGAGUCUAGCUCGACCGGAGAAGAGACAGAGGGGAGUUUCGUGGUGACAGACACUGUCAAUGAUCCCCACGUGAACGAACAGGGCAGCGAUACCGAUGCCUCCUCAGAUUCGGACGCAUCAGUCUUCACUUACGUGAAUUGGGCUUGA